AUGUCCGUAUCUUGGUGCACACCUUGGCCGCGGCUGUUGCGGCUCGUUCCCGUCCACCCCCCAGACUUUUCUUCGUACCCUCCAUCGCCAUCGCCCUUUGCGUCUCCGCGUAGCCGCUCGGUCUCCAACAUCGAGAUGGACCUGGCUCUGGUGCUGAUGAGCCUGUCUCAGACGCACCCUCCCGAGCCCGUGUCGAGAGCCAAAGGCUUGCCGGCACACCCAGACCGACCCACGCCAAGCGAGCCUGAGGGUGUCUCUGGCCUGAGCAGCCCAUUGCUGCCAGUCUGCGAGCAGUCGCAGCCGCAGUCCCUCGAUAGCGCCUCGCCGGGCUGCGAGAGCGACUGCAUGGAAGUCGACCGUCCGCCAACCAUUGGCCUGGCUGCUCGCUGCCUUCCGAUCCACACCCGUCUUGUGCCCCCUCCCCUUCUCUGCGCAUGUGGGUCCGCUCCCUCCACACCGGGCGGUGCUCUGGCUGCCAACGCCCGGUUCUGCCCUCUGCUUGUCUCACCACACCUUGCCCGGAGAGCCGCUCGUCCGUCUCGAUCCAUUGACGCUCACCCUCCCGAUCAUCCGCGUCUGUUCCUCUGCUGCAGCGAGUCCGCCUUGGCGGCUGUCUGCUCCCGUCCGAAACCAUCUCUCUCGCCGCGCCCAAGAGACGUGCCCGAUGCGGCUCCGUCACCCGCGCCGCCGAAACCCCUUCUGAACCGUCGAAUCUGGAAUCCGCCGUCGCCGACCCCGAGCCAAGACUCGGACAACGACGGCGAGGACGACGACGGCGGCGACGAUGGCGACAUUGGUGGCGACGACAGCGAGGUCCUCAAAUCCUCGCUCGAGGCCAGCACCGUCGUCGUUGUUGCCAAAAAAACCCGCAGUAUGCUCGGCAACAUCGAGCGUGCGGUGCCCAAGGUCUAUAUGGGCCAAGGAACUCCCGGACAGAGGCUUGCCUCUGGCUGCCUGGGUGAGCCCUGCAAGACAUCCGCGUCCUGGACCAAGCGCACCGGAGGCGGUGUUUGCGGAGGCAGGGGCGAUCCGUGCUUCCGUUACACCACGCCGUCGCGCGGCUUGCGCGGCUGCAGCCGCUGUGUGCGCAGCCGCUGCUGUGCGGUGCCCGGUGCCGACGCGCGCCGCCCGCGCACCGGAAAUAGCCGCGGGGUGGCCCCGCGCCAUGUGCGCUGUGCCGCGGCCGACCAGCGCGCGUGCGCCUUGGUGCCCGUUGCCGGUGCCGGGGCGGCGGCUUUGCGGUGGUCGCUCGUGCAUCUCCAAAUCACCCGCCAAAAGCUGCUUGACCAGAUCAACACCACCAUCCGGGGCAUCCGCAAGCUCAAGCGCAAGGCCACAUCCAGAGUCUCGCCUUCGUCGCGCUCCGGCAAGAGAGAAUCCCUCGAGGCUCUUCUUCGACGCCGCGACUCCAUCAAGUUCCUGCUGUAG